AUGACGCAAUUGACCAGUGCUUUCAAGAAUUUAUGCUUAAGAGUUCCUGUGGACCCUAUUAGUAAAAUGCCGAAGUCUGCCUAUGAGCGCCACGAGAAGUGUUUCACACAGCAGUGUUCAGUUGACUCGUCAUCUACCAGCUCGGUGACAGCAGCAAAAGGGGAUGCAGCAAAAUUAAAAGAAUUUUACAAAAGCAUUCCAGAUUAUAAUGAUAUCAACCACUUGCCACCUGACGAAUUUUAUUCCACGCUUAAAUCUUUGAGAGAAAAAAAGAAAGUUAUGUUAGGACUAGCAACUGAAUUCGUGGAUGAAGUGGGUGGUGGUAAUGGUCCAAAUGAUAAAAUGUCCAAUAGUUUAAUUGAUAAAACAAAUGAUAUAAGAAUAUUGCCGAGUGAGUUAAGUAAAACUAAAAAAACAAGAAGAAAAUUAUCCAUAGGAGAUAAGGAUAAUAGUAAUAUGAACAGAGAAUCACCAAAUUGUUUAAGUAACUCUAAACCCUUAAACAAAUCUAUCUCAGGCACAUGUUUAAAACGAUCUGUACCAAAAACAGAUACGGAAAGGAAAGGGGUAGAAAUAACAAAUAAUGAUUGUGUCUUAAAAAUAGCUCCUGUCAGAAGUAAUUUGGAAAAAAGUAGAACUGAGCGUCCAAAGAGGAAUCAUUCAGCUUGUUCGAUAUCUUGGAAUGAUGCUAAAAUUGAGUCUAAGAAUGAAAUCGAUCAGAAGUUUAAUGCUUUUUUCGAAGGAACGAAAUAUGAUAGUUCCAUAAAAAAAAAUGAUUACGGUGAUAGAGAUGAGUUCAAAACACGUAGCAUGCCAUCAAGUCCAUUAAGAAUGAAACGUACCGAAUCUCCUAUGCGACGUCGAAAAAGUAUCACCAUCCCCAAGCCUUUUAAAAUGACAGAAAGGGACGAACAAGAACGUAUAGUCAAUGAACUUCGAUGUCUCCGUAAAUCAUUUUCAGAAGACAUGUUGCAUCAGAAACGUGAUAGAAAAAUGUUUAGAGCGAAGCCAGUACCUAUUGAAUCUCGCAUCCCUCUUUACGAUAAAAUUCUUCAGGACCAAGCUAUGAGGCGUGCAAUUACCAAGAUAAACAGCGAAGCUGAGUUAAGAGCCCAAAUGAAACCGUUCAGCUUCACGAAGCGAGAAGAUAAAGGUCCAGGCGGUGUUUGCGAUCGAGCUGUACACGUCCUUCCUAAAACUAAAAAGAAGAAACGUUUUAAGGCGAGACCUGUACCCAAGAAUUUGUUUUCCAACUACUUUUAUGAUAAAAUGAGAGAAGACUACUUUUUUAGGUCUAUGAAUAAACGUAUAAGGGCCGAGGAAAUGUUGCGUCACGCUAGCUAUCCCGGUUCUACGGUAGCUCGAGAUCGAAGCCGUUUGUCAACUCCAGCGGCACACAGCGAUCUACCUAUAGACCCUUCACCAGGAAUACCAUCCACAUCUUCGUCCGAGAGGCAAAGAUGCUCCAGUCCCAACAAAGAGCGGAAGAAACGUGAUAAAAAUCCCAAGGAAAGUUUUAUCACAACGUGCCCUCAGCCAUUUCGCUUUAACACAGCCGACAGAGCUGCCAAGAAGAUGAAUGAUGUCGCAAUGAAGAUUUACCAGGAAAACAAAAGUACUGUAAGUGGUGGUAGCGGCAAUUUUGGAGAUGGACCAGGAGCUCGAGCAUAUUCAGCGUUAGAUCUUCGGGCUUCUGCUUCCGGAAGGUCAAACCUAGCAGCCCUGUUAAGAGCUGAAGCGGUUAGAAGGAGGUUCGAAAUAGAGUCUGCUAGACACCUGGCCGAAUUACGUCGUAGAAAUGAAAUACGUCAACGCAGUCGUCAACUCCGCUCUAAGCCUGCUUGGCACCUUGUAAAAAACAAUCACGAAGAAGAUAUUGCCAUGAGGUUGCAGACUCGGCGCGAUGAGGAAAGAAUGAGACGAGAAGAGUUUCUUCAUGAGAUGGAGUUAAUGUAUGGAAGAGUUCAGCAGCAACCCAUGCUUUUUGAAAGAUAUUACGCACCACGCUCCCAGUCUCUAACUCUUGACACACUACAAAAUUCUCCUAGAAAGACUACGAAGAAACGGAGCAGUUCCAAGAAUAAGUCAUAUCAUUAUAAUAGUCCAACUCGCUCUCGUAAGGUUUCUAUUAACGAUGCAGCUGAAACUUAUAAUUGCGAUGUUGCAGAAUUUCUCAAUAGAAUUGACUUCGACGACAAAUAUUCAGAUUCAGAAAUUGUAUCGGUCAGUAUAGAGCGAGGUAAAAUAUAA